AUGGACCGGAGAAAAAAGCCUUUGGAUGUUACUGCCUCCUCGUUGGUAGACCUUAAGGCUGAACUUUUUCGAAAACAAGAAGAAUUCAAACAAGAAAAACUUCUAAAAGAUUCUGGAGUUUCAGGCAAGCCAAAAAUAACUAAUAAGAAGCCAAGUAUCUGGAGCAAACAGAAUGCAGGAGUUUCACAUCGGGCUGAGAAGGAUGCUGAGCAGAAGAUUGAAGAACAGAAGACUUUAGACAAAGCUCGGGAAAAAUUAGAAGAGAAAGCCAAACUGUAUGAAAAAAUGACUAAAGGAGACUUUAUAGAGGAAGAAGUGGAAGAUAUGUACCUCGUGGAUUUCACACAGAAGAUCAUAGACAAACGCAAGGAAAUGGAUGCAUGUGGUGCAAACAGAGGUUCUGGAAAAGUGGAAGGAAGAGAAGAUGAUGAGGAAAAUCUUUCUGAAAGAGAUAUACCUCCUCCCCAAGACCCUAGUGAAGAAUGGGUGGACUAUGUGGAUUCUCUAGGACGAUCCCGGCGCUGUAUGAAAAAGGAUUUGCCAGAUCUGCUGGAAAUGGAUAAAAACCUUCAGGGAAGGCUUUUCAUUAGUCCAGCUAAUGAAAAGACAUUAUUAUCUGAGGAUAUGAGGAAAGAGCUUCAACGCCAGCAGUGGCAAGAAGAAGAAAGGGAGGCCCUAGCAAGGCCAAUGGGGCCUAUCCAUUAUGAAGACAUUCGUGAAAACGAGGCCCGGCAACUUGGUGUUGGAUAUUUUGCUUUUGCCCGAGAUAAAGAGCUAAGAAACAAGCAAAUGAAAACUUUAGAGAUGCUACGAGAACAGACAACAGAUCAGAGAACCAAACGAGAAAACAUAAAGGAAAAGCGAAAGGCUAUGUUAGAAGCAAGACUUGCAAAACUCCGACAGAAAAAGAUGAAAAAAUCAAACGAAGAUGGAGUAGAGAAAGAAACGAGAGAUGAAGCUGCUGUUGGGCCUUUGUCUCCAGAAGCAGAAGCCAUGCCGGCUCCUUCCCCCGUUGCUCAGAGCAGCAAAGUAGAAGUCCUCAUUCAGGAGAGGAAGGACACCAAGCCUGGAGUGCCUCAUGUUCGGGAGUGGGACAGAGGCAAAGAAUUUUCCUUUGGAAGCUGGUCUAAAAGACAGUCAGCUCUCCGUGCUGAGAGAGAUCCGGAGUUUGCCCCACCAUCAGAUUAUUUUGCUGGUCAAAAGAGAGCUGGUCCUUUUGGUGGCCAGCCGUGGAACCGAACUGGACCUGCACAGAAAGGCCUGGGGCUGGGCUCUGGCCAGAGCCGUGAGUCCAGCUCCUCACACGCCACCUUCAUGCCUGCUCCUGAUGGCCCACCACGGGAUUCCUCAGCCACAUUUGAAACUCUGGAUGACAUGAUAUCAUAUUAUAAACAAGUGACAUGA